UUCUCACAGACACAAGCAGCGUAACCAGAAGGGGUGACAACAGAGGAGCAACUCCAGAGCUGUCUGACAGGCUCUUCAGUAAUGACUCUACUUCUACUAACAACACUGCUGGUCUCAGGUCUGGUCAGUCUCUCCUCCUCUGUGCCACGUCAGUUCCAUGUGGUGAAGGAGCAGAAGAACUGGACAGAAGCUCAGCAGUACUGCAGAGAGGAGUUCACUGACCUCGCCACCAUAGACGACAUGACAGAGAUGGAGAAGGUGAAGAGCAAGAUCCAUGAAGCAGGUGUAAAUGCUUGGAUUGGGCUGAAGAGGGGAGACUGGCAGUGGUCUCUGGCUGACAGGGAUUUCUACGGAGAGAAUGAAGCAGAGUUCAGAAACUGGGAUACUGGCCAACCCAAUGGAGGUGGAGAAGAGUGUGGGUUUAUGCGGUUUGGUGGGAAAUGGCAUGAUGUCUGGUGUAGCUACAGCUGUCCCUUCAUCUGCUAUGAUGGGGGAGACUCCACACAUCCCUAUGUGCUGGUUACUGAGGAGAAGACCUGGGCAGAUGCUCAGAGAUACUGCAGAGAGAAACACACAGACCUGGCCAGUGUGAGGAAUCAAGCAGAGAACGACCAGAUAAAGGGAGUCAUACCAUACAGCAGUCAUGUGAAUCCUGUGCUUUACUGGAUCGGCCUGUUCAGAUAUACCUGGUCAGAUGGCAGCAGUUCCACAUUCCGCCACUGGGGCGCUGGAGAACCUAAUAAUCUGGGUGUGGCGUGCACUGAAAUUGAGCCCAGUGGUCAGUGGAAAGAUGCAGACUGUCAACAUAAUGAUGGUAGUCACUUCAUCUGCUAUGAAGAUGAGCUGGUUCUGGUCCGUGAGAAUAAGACCUGGAGAGAGGCGCUGCAGUAUUGCCGAGAGCACCAUGUGGACCUGGUGUCUGUGACGUCCGAGCGGGUCCAGCGCUGGGUGAGUGAGCGGGCUAAAGGAGCCUCCACUGCUCACGUGUGGGUGGGCCUGCUCCACUCCUACGGUGUGGGCUGGUACUGGGUCUCUGGACAGAACGUCUCCUACAGCAACUGGACCCAAGGGCACGAGCAGGUGGGGUCUGACCAACACAGACUCGGGGCAGUGGAGUCUGGACGGGGGCAGUGGGUCAGCGACCUGACUAAGACCGACCAACUCAACUUCAUCUGCACCACUGAGGAAUAUAAAAGUAAUGGACAGCUCAAUAAUGAGAGUGUGCCUUGCACUGAAAUGACAGUCAGUGACUCCAAAGAGGUGAAGAGGCAGAUUGUGAGAGUGGAGAUUAAGGUAGCUUCUCAUGUGAACAUCCAUGACCCUGCCGUGCAGCAGGCCUUCCUACAGCAGAUUCAGCAGAGACUGAGGGACAGUGGGAUGCCAGCAGACGCCAAACUGACCUGGAUGACACAACCGGAUGGAAAGAUCUUCAAAGAGAAGGAGGAGAAGAAAGAAGAGGGGAGGAAGAGAACUGAGCUCUAAACACUCUGCUGUUGUUCAUGUGACGUAUGAAGUGUGUAAACUGGGAGAUGUGUACACACUGACGGCACACACAGGGCAGUAAACUGAGUGCUCAGCACAUCUAGUUUGUAAUUUCAAACACACAAAAAAGUCUCAGCUGUAAUAAUCCUGUUUAAUCAUUUGUGUUCUGCGUCACUUCCUUUGUGUCCACCAUGAUGACACCCCAACAUAAUCACUUCAACUCAAAUUAUAAACACGUCCACCUGAAAGAAGGAACCAUUUUGGCUCCUCGUUUCAUUACCCGUUUUGGGCUAUUGUAUUUUCCGAUCAACUUUUGCAUUUUAGGGUGCAUUUUAGGGUGCCUUUUACGAUCUGGCUAGGGACAACAGCUGGGAAAGUAGAUGUUAUUCUAAGUCAUAUGUUGACGACUCCUAUGUUUGUGUGUGGAUAUUUGAUUUUGAAUCUAUGGUCUAUGAAAAGAAAAAAGAGAUGCUUUAUUAAAGAUAACAAAAAAGUCCUGCUGUUUAUGGCGCUCCACUGUUCAAGUCAAUUCCCCACUAGUGGUGCCCACCUCACACUUUGAGAACCACUGCAUUGCAUUCAUUCAUUUUCAUAACUCCAUUACUGUAACCGGCCAAUCCUGCUGUAAACUCUUAUCAGUUUUGUCUUUUGGGUCCAAUGUAUCAAAUGUUCAUGGGAUUUGUUUUAAAAACUUUGGACACAGCCCUGCACAGCAUCCCUGGAGUUAUAGCUACCUGUGACUAAUCACUAAUUAGCCUGCCGACAGUAUAUACACACUUUGCGCUCCUCACCUCGACGUGAGGGAUUGUUAUUUUGUGACUCUACUAAGCCUGAGAGACAAACUUCAACUCUGAACUUAUUCUUUUCCACCUUUUUGCCUGUUUUUUGACGACCCUUUUGAUCUUGCUAUUGGAUUAUUUAUUGGACCUGUAACUUCUAUCUUAA